ACUUCCCAUCGGCUUUUAUCGCUUACGAUUGAAUCAAAAGCAACAAAAGAAAUACAAAAUGAAAUUUGAGCUUAUCUUCGUACCGUAUCCUGUUAUAGGUCAUCUCAGAUCAACUGUGGAGAUGGCGAAGCUACUAGUGGAGCGAGAAACUCGCCUCUCUAUCUCCGUUAUCAUCCUUCCUCUUCUUUCAGUUGACGAUAUCAGUACUUCCGCUUAUAUCUCAGCCCUCGUCGCCGCAUCCAACGACCGCCUUCACUACGAAGUGAUCUCCUGCGAAGAUCAAACAACCACUGAGUUACAUGUCGAGAACCACAUCCCGAGGGUGAAACGUGCCGUUGCAAAACUCGUCGAUGGCUAUUCAAGGCUACCGGACUUGCCUAGGCUCGCUGGUUUAGUCGUGGACAUGUUCUGUACCUCGGUGAUAGACGUGGCUAACGAGUUUGGUGUUCCGUGUUACUUGUUUUACACCUCGAACGUUGGGGUUCUCGCACUUGGACUUCACGUCCAGAUGUUGUACGAUAAAAAGGAAUACAAUGAAUACAAUGCCACCGAAACUGAUUUUGAAGACUCGGAAGCCUUGUUGGACGUUCCGAGUUUGUCUCGUCCUUAUCCUGUGAAGUGUCUUCCUUACGGUUUGGGAACGAAAGAGUGGCUUCCUAUGUUUGUAAACCAAGCGAGAAGGUUCCGGGAGAUGAAAGGCUUUUUGGUAAACACUUUUGCUGAGCUUGAACCUUAUGCGUUGGAGUCUCUCCUCUCGAGUGGUGAUACUCCUCGUGCUUACACAGUGGGACCAAUAUUGCAUCUCGAGAACCAUGUUGGCAGUUCCAAAGAAGAGAAAAGUUCGGAGAUCUUACGGUGGCUUGACGAGCAACCACCUAGGUCGGUAGUGUUCCUCUGUUUCGGAAGCAUAGGAGGCUUUCGUGAGGAACAAGCAAGAGAAAGCGAUAUCGCCCUUGAGCGAAGUGGUCACCGUUUCUUGUGGUCUCUCCGCCGUGCAUCUCCCGUUAUAGAAAAGGAACUUCCCGGAGAAUUCAAGAAUCUUGAAGAGAUUCUCCCGGAAGGAUUCUUUGACCGGACAAAGGAUAUAGGAAAGGUGAUUGGAUGGGCGCCGCAGGUGGCCGUGCUAGCUAAGCCGGCGAUCGGAGGUUUUGUUACUCACGGCGGGUGGAACUCGAUCCUCGAGAGUCUUUGGUUCGGUGUUCCGAUGGCACCAUGGCCGUUAUACGCAGAGCAAAAAUUCAAUGCUUUCAUGAUGGUCGAGGAGCUUGGUUUGGCGGUGAGGAUAAGAAAGUCUUGGCGAGGCGAUCAGUUAGUGGGAGCUGCGACGGUCCUGGUGACGGCAGAGGAGAUAGAGAGAGGAAUCAGAUGUCUGAUGGAGCAGGAUAGUGACGUGAGGAAGAGAGUGAUGGAGAUGAGUGAGAAGUGUCACGUGGCGUUAUCGGAUGGUGGAUCGUCUCAAUCUGCUUUGAAAUUAUUUAUCCAAGACGUUACGAAGAAUGUUGUUUAAUUAAAGUUGAAACUAGCUAAUAAACCGGAGCAUGCAACGCUCUUGGGAAUGGCAAUGUGGCAUGUCUCUUACGUGUGUUGCAUUUAUUUUAAUGAUCAUGAGAAAAUAAUACCAAAUCUUUCAAUA